AUGAAAAGGGGGAGGACAACCACACAGGAGCGACAAACCAUCACCACUGGAACAAACCAAACCUUGUUCUCAUCCAUGGCUAUAGAGGUAACUCAAGUGGCAAUUCAUAGUGCAGGUAUCUCUACUGACAUAAAAUUUCACCAUACCAGAUCUGAUGUUUUUCACCAAAUCGUAUUCGAUAAGGACGGAGCUUACAGAGGUGUUUCAGGUGAAAUGGCGGAUAUGGAUGAGAAGAUGGUGGAGAAAGUGGUGCUUGUUAGCAGUGGAAUUGGGUAUACGAAAGAGCAGAAAUCUGAGUAUCUGAAGAAGAUUGGACGGAAUGUGGCGGAGAUUUUGGUAGCAGAAAAAUCAAGAGAGGGAGGAGGAAGAGGGUCGAUGACGGAUGUGUUAAAUCAACAGUCGCCGGUGGUGAUGUUAUUUUUGACAUCAAUAGAGCAAGAAAGUGAGGUGGUCAUAUGUGGUGGCGAUCAAGCAGGUUUCCGGCGGUCGUUGUAUCCCCGGUGGCCGGAUUUUAGUUUCAAAUGA